AUGUGCAGUUCAGUUGCUCCCAGGCUGUGGUUCUUAACAGACCGUCGCAUCAGAGAAGAUUACCCCCAGCAGGAGAUCCUGAGAGCACUGAAGGCCAAGUGCUGUGAAGAGGAGCUCGAUUUCCGGGCCCUGGUGAUGGAUGAAGUGGUGCUGACCAUUGAGGAUGGAAAUCUUGGUCUGCGGGUGAACGGGGAGCUCAUUACUGCUUACCCGCAAGUAGUGGUUGUGCGUGUACCAACACCUUGGGUCCAGAGUGACAGCGAUAUCACAGUCCUUCGCCACCUAGAGAAGAUGGGCUGUCGGUUGAUGAAUCGUCCCCAAGCCAUCCUCAACUGUGUCAACAAGUUCUGGACAUUUCAAGAACUUGCUGGUCACGGUGUGCCUCUUCCAGACACUUUUUCAUAUGGUGGUCAUGAGAAUUUUGCCAAAAUGAUUGAUGAGGCGGAAGUGCUGGAGUUCCCUAUGGUGGUGAAGAACACGCGGGGUCACCGAGGUAAAGCUGUGUUCCUGGCACGAGACAAGCACCAUUUGGCAGACCUAAGCCAUUUGAUCCGUCAUGAUGCCCCUUACUUAUUUCAGAAAUACGUUAAAGAGUCCCAUGGCAAGGAUGUACGUGUCAUCGUAGUAGGAGGCCGUGUGGUGGGCACCAUGCUCCGCUGCUCAACAGAUGGGAGGAUGCAGAGUAACUGUUCACUUGGUGGUGUAGGGAUGAUGUGUUCACUGAGUGAACAAGGCAAGCAGCUGGCAGUCCAAGUGUCAAACAUCCUGGGGAUGGACGUGUGCGGCAUUGACCUGCUGAUGAAGGACGACGGAUCAUUCUACGUCUGCGAGGCCAAUGCAAAUGUAGGUUUCAUUGCCUUUGACAAGGCUUGUAAUCUAGAUGUAGCUGGGAUCAUAGCGGACUAUGCCGCUUCUCUCCUUACCCCCGGUCGCUUGACGCGGCGCAUGUCCUUGCUCUCCGUGGUGUCCACGGCAAGCGAGACUAGCGAGCCAGAGCUGGGCCCUCCAGCUAGUGCCGCUGUCGACAAUAUGAGUGCUAGCUCCAGCUCUGUCGACAGCGACCCUGAGACCACGGAGAGAGAGUUGCUCACCAAGCUCCCGGGGGCUCUGUUCAACAUGAACCAGCUAUUAGCCAAUGAGAUCAAACUUCUUGUGGAGUGAUGCCACAUGUAAAUAGAUGACCAACAGAACUCUCUCUUGUAAAUUUUUUUUUAAACCAACUUGCAAUGCUGUUUAUCAGAGAAGCUCAGAGAAAUGAGGAAAGGGGAGGGGCGUUGAGAGCGAGAGUAAAAGGCAUGCAUGCUGUGAUUGCUGCCCCUACUUUUUUGCAGAACAUAAAAUUGUGUUUGUUCUUCA